AUUUGUGUUCACUACUACGCCCUGCAUCCACCUCCAGAUCUUGAUGCUCCUCUCUCCGAAUGUGGCAUGAACACUGUACCCUCGGAGGGGCUAAAAGUGGCCAUCAAAAAUAACUCAGUGGAGAAUCUGAUUACACAUGAGUCCAAGGUUACUCUCAUUUCUUACUGUGGGCUAGCUCGAAACUUGCCACGUAUCACAGAGUCUAACACCUCAAUGCAGCAUUGGGUGCGAACGCAUUUUGGUGGGCGUUCAACAACUCCACAGCCUACUGCUACGGCUGUCUCGGGAUUCACAAUGCCUACUACCACCGCUUCCUCCACAACUACGAUUGAGAUGAACGGUGUUCCUGUCCACGCCCAUGUAGCCAGUGCCGAGAGGGAGGGCCGUUACACUAAGGCCAAUUCGCCUGUCUGUGAUAAUCGUUCGCGCAACAAGAUUCCCACUCCUUCAUCUGUGCCUCAAAGGUGGGAUUCCCAAAAGAGUGGUACCUCUCCAUCCGACCUUCCAUCAGCGCCGUUACCGCCACACAAGACUUGGGCUCAACGGGUCUAUGUUAACAUGCGUAAUAAGAGUCGGCAAUACCAUCCCACCUCAUUCGUCUUCAUCCUCUCCUUCCUUUUCGUUGAUACCGACUAUUCAUUUUGUCGACAAUAG